AUGCUCGAAGCAGAGAGCGAGAUCAUGAUGACGAGGAACCCCACACAGCAGGCACCCGGCAUCAAGGACAAGGCGACCAAUACGCCCGCCGUAAUCGCUUGGUAUGAGCUGCUCACAAACUACGCUCUGCGUGAAGGAGCUCCCUCGCUGCCCAAGGCCCAAGUCUACCAGGAGUAUGUGGCCUACUGCGGCGAAGCGGGCCUGGAGCCCACCACGCCGCCCGCCUUCGGCAAGAUCCUCCGAGUAGCCUUCCCCAGCAUCGAGUGCCGACGCAAGGGGCCGCGAGGCGAGGCCAAGCACCACUACAAGCACUUCUGCAAGAAGUCGGACCUCGCGCUACUCGUACUUCCCUCCUCCUCUACUUCAUCUUCUGCCGCCUCCGUAAACGGUCACAUCUCGCCAUCGCCCAUCCCCACUUCCAAGUUCGACGUCUCCUCGGGCACCACACAUCGACUCAUCACACCAGCUUCUUCCUCGGCGAGCGUACGUCUCCCGAGCCUCCGCACCACCUCGCCCUUCCAGCCGAUCAUGGACGACGUUUCGCAUCAGCUCUACCCCCACCGCUACCACGGCGACUACCACGACGGCGAGCUCGUCGAUGGCGUGUCCUCGGGCGCCGCAGCAGCGAAGAAGCGGGCGCUCGACUCGCACGGCUCCGAUCCGCACGCGGACCUGCGCGAGCUGCUCAAGAAGAAGAUCAAGAGCGAGUCCCGCGGGGCCGACGCCGACCCGAGUGCACAGCGAAUGCGCGGCGGCCACAUGCAGCAGCACCAUGGUGGCCCCGACCAGGACAACGAAGCCGAGCUCGGCGGCAGCCAGGAUCAACACCACAAGCGGCGACGUCUGUCGCAGGAGAUCAGCAACAACAGCAACACCAACGGUGUCGAAUACGAGAACAACAGCAACAGCAACGAUGACGAUGACGAGGAGGGCGCCGUGGCCGAGUACAUUCGCCAGUUCAAGAGCAGCACGGAGAGCAUCGACCGACGCAAGUCGCCGAGCCCUCCGCUGCCUCUCCAGCGACCAUCAUCCGCUCUCGGCGGCGAGACUGCGACGAGGCUCGACCCGUCGCCGCCGGCGCUCCCGUCGUUCAACUCGCUCGCGAUCCCUCUACGGCUGCCACCGCUCCCGCAGCAGCCGCCCAUGACCCACUCCAUGCUCGCGCCGUCCUCAGGCGCGUCGGCCGUGCACAGCCGGCUGCCGUCGCCGCUCGACUUCUCGUCGCUGCGUUCGGCCUCGCCCUCGCCCGCGCCCUCGCCCUACGGCCACACGCGCUCACACACAGCCACCCCGCCGCCGGCCCAGUUCUUCGCGCCGCCCGCGCCCUCGUCGUCGUCGGUGUCCGCCGGCAACCCGCCGCCGGCGCCCUCGUCGUCCCAGACCGCGCUGCUCCUGUCGCACCUCCAGGAAAAGGAGCAGGAGGUGGAGAAGCUCACCAACGAGCUCAAGUUCCUCCACAGCCGCCUGGCUUCGACCACGCCCAUCCCGCUGCCGUCUCCGUCGCCGUCGCCCUCGUCGUCGCUCUUUCCGUCGCCCCACUCCUACUCGCCGUCGCCCAUGCACCACCCGCCCAGCCCGUUCGCGCCGCACGCGGCCUACAUGCGAUCGUCGCCGGCGCCCUACAUGGCCGGCGGCCACUCGUCGUCACCGUCGCCCUCGCCCUCGCCUCUCCACCACCUCCACCACAGCUUCACCCCGCUCUCGCCGCCGCCCGGCGCGUCGUCGUCGCACAGCGCAUCGCCUCUGUCGCACCACCACCCGCACGCGCGCCAGUACUUUGCGCCCAUUCUCACGCUCGAGGAGCAACAACAGCAACAGCAGCAGCUUCACCACCAGCGGGACAGCACGCCGCCGAUGCAGACGACGGUCACGGUCAAGCGGGAGCGAUCGAGCAAGGGGCGGGAGAGCGCCACGCGCGACCUGAUGGCCUCGCCGGGCCCCGGCGUCGAGCGGUCGUCCUCCACGUCGCCCACCCACCGCAACCGCUCGGCGUCUCCGCUCGACGCCGACGAGUUCUCCUCCACGUCGCCCUCCUCGCCCACCUUCUCCUCCAAGGUCAUGAAGAAGGAGGCCAUCCCCGUUGUCGUUCAUUGGAUCAAGAAGAACUACGAGCUCAGCGCGGACUCGUCGUCGGACCUGCCCAAGGAGCAGGUCUAUCGACACUACCGCGAGUUCUGCGAGGAGACCGGCGUGCAGCAGACCAACUGCGCCACCUUUGGCAAGAUCCUCCGCAGCGUGUUCCCCAACCUCAAGACCCGACGGCUCGGCUCGCGCGGCAACACCAAGCACCACUACCACGGCAUCCGCCGAAGGAAGUCGCCGCUGUCUACGGAGUCGGGCGCACAGGGCGGAACGACGUCGCCGCCGCCCAACCUGAACGCGCUGGCGGUGCUGGCGUCGAUCUCAGUGACGGGCGGCGGGUCCCCGAUGCCCUCCCCGCCGGGCAUCCCUCCGUCCAGCUCCGGCUCGCCGCGACAACAGCCCCACGCCUACGAAGACGAAGUCGACGACGACGACGACGAAGACAACGACAACGAAGACGACAUGGACGAGGAAGACAUCGAACACGAAGGCACCAACGGCAACGACAACCGCAACGACCAACCUCUCCUCCAGUCUCCAGUUCCCAUACGACCGCACGCCAAGGUAGCGGGCGAGUCGGAGGAGAUGAUCAAUGAAGAUGAGGAGGAGCAGCAGCCGGUGGCGAGCUAUGGGUGGAUGGCGGGCGGCAGCGGAGGCGACUUCGCGCUCUCGUCGCGCCGGUGCACGGUCGAGGCCUGCGAGAACCGGGCGGCGGCCCAGCGCACCAUCUGCGAGAAGCACAAGAAGCAGCAGCAGCGGGCGCGGCUCCGAAACAGCCUCGACGCCAAGAUCAGCUCCACCGCCACCAUCUUCAGCGCCGCUCCUUCCUCUUCCUCUUCGUCUUCCUCUUUGUCGUCUUCGCUCUCCUCGUCCUCCUCCAUUCUACCACCGCUCUCCGCUCUCUCCCUUUCACCAGCAAGCGACGUUCCGCCUCCCCUCUGA